ACGUCUGCACCGCCGAUGUCACGCGCAAUAUGGCAGGCCGCGCCAACGACGAUGGCGGCGGAGCAAACGUCGAACCACCUGUCACUCGCCAACGUCCGUCCGUCCGUCCGUCCGUCGGCGGGUCGGCUCGGUCGCGCGCCGCGCCACUACGCCCGGAUCCUCGGGUGAACCUCGCGGGUCGCUCGAUGGUCUCGUGGUCCCGAAACGCGAAUCGGAUUCACCAGCCGAGGACCGACGAGGAGUGGCGGCGCGUAGCGUGCGCCUCUGGCGUACCUAUGCAUCGUGUUGUAUGUACGUGCACGCAUACGUCAAAGGAAGGAUGGAUGAAUCAUCCGUUCGCAACGCGAACGGCGUGGAUGAUUCCGUGCGCACGCCGCACACGGAGUCAUUUGCGUCCAGUUCCGGGACAAAUCAAGAAGCACUGCCAGGAUAACGUAAAGAGUACGCUUGGAGGAUUUUCAGACUACAAUAAAUCUGCUGUCGGAACCUUUGGAUGUCUACAAUAACUGAAUAUAUGCUUGUGAAAGUGCUAAUUGAGCAACUACUAGUUAUUCUAUUGACAUAGGAUUUUUCUCGAUACUGCGCUUACAGAAUUAUGUGCUUAAAGACUUUUGUGCACUAUACUUUUCAUUUUUACAUGUAGAAAUUGUACUAUAUUUAAGUAUAGAGAAAUGUAUAUUCUUUUAUAUAUUGUUAAAUGUGUCUGUCAGAGUACAGCAAAAAGCAUGUUUAUGUCAAGUAUACAUGUGUCAGAAUAUUGUCUUAUUAAAUAAUUAUUUUGACCUUUGAUCACAAUAGAGUUUGAAGAAGUUAUAUUUAAUAACAUUAACGCCAGACAUGAUUUGAAAUAUACAUAAGUAUAGAGAACAUUUAGACCUUUACAAAAAUUAAUCUAAAUAUUAUCUGAUAUAAUUAUUUUUUUCAAUAUGUUACCUUACUUUUCAUUCAACUUUUACAACAUAUUUAUGUUAGUAAUUAAAUCAUUACUUAUAUUAUAUUAUUACUAUAUUAAUAAAAAAACAAAAAACAAA